GCUGGGAGCAGCGGGCUGCAGGACCCCGCGGUCCUGCGGGCUGGAGGACCUGGUUCUCAGCUCGCUGGUUUGUCCCUAGCUUUGGUUCUUCCGGGGUAUCGACAGCCCCAGGACCUCAAAGCGCGCAUCCGGGCCCCAGCCUGCCCUGCACGACCCGGUGCGGAUGGGGACCAUGCCCUGUCAGACCCCACCCGGAGGCUGACCCCCGGGCUUUGCUCCCGGCCUGAGCCCGCCGGGCCCAUCUGACGUUGGCCAUGCACGGGAAGCUGCUGCCGCUGGCUGGCCUCUACUUGGUGCAGGGCUUGCCGUAUGGGCUGCAGUCCGGCCUGCUGCCCAUCCUGCUGCGGGCCCGCGGCCUCUCCCUGACGCGUGUGAGUCUAGCCAAAGGUCUGUACGCACCAUGGCUGUUCAAGCUGGCGUGGGCCCCACUGGUGGACCGGCGGGGCUCCCCGCGGGCUUGGCUGACGCUCAGCACAGCGUCUCUGGGCCUGGUGUGUGGGCUGCUAGCCGCACUGCCUCCCAGCCAAACUGACCAGGACGGGCUGCCCGCCACCGUGAUGGGACUGUUACUGCUGCUGAACCUUGGUGCGGCUGUGCAGGACGUGGCCCUGGACACACUGGCUGUCCAGCUCCUGGACCCAGCCGAACUGGGACCCGGCAACACCGUGCAGGUGGUUGCUUACAAGCUGGGGGCAGCGCUGGCUGGGGGUGGGCUACUCGUCCUCUUGCCCACCCUCUCUUGGCCACGACUCUUUCUGCUCCUGGCUGCCACCUACUGGUUGGCCGCUGCCCUAGCCUGGACCGCACCAGCGCUGCAACGGAUGCCUUGGUCUCCGCCCUCAGAGCACACCCCAGGCACGCCACACCUGCAGGAUUUGCUGGCUGCUCCUGGGACCCUGUGGACAGCAGGUUUUGUGCUCACCUACAAGCUGGGUGAGCAGGGUGCCGGCAGCCUGUUUCCACUCCUCCUGCUGGACCAUGGUGCUUCUGCCCCAGAGCUGGGGCUGUGGAAUGGCUUGGGGGCUGUGGCCUGCUCUGUCACUGGCUCCUCCUUGGGUGGAGCCCUACUGGCCAGGCACUGGCAGCCACUCCCGCUGUUGAGGUCAGUGUUUGGGCUCCGCCUUGGGGGCUUGGCCUGCCAGACUGCUCUGCUCCUCCACCUGGACACCCCAGGGGCCAGCGUGGGCCCUGGCACGCUCCUGAGAGGAGCAGCCUUGCUGAGCCUGUGUCUGCAGCACUUCCUGGGGGGCCUGGUCACCACUGCCACCUUCACUGUGAUGAUGCAUUGCAGCCAGCUGGCACCCAGGGCCCUGCAGGCAACACACUAUAGCCUCCUGGCCACUCUGGAGCUGCUGGGCAAGCUGCUGAUGGGUGCCCUGGCUGGAGUGCUGGCUGAUAGCUUGGGACCACGUCCCUGCUUCACUCUCUUCCUCAUUCUCGCAGCCCUGCCCCUUCUGGACCUUGGCCUGGCACCCAGCACCUUGGCUUGAACUGGGUGGUAGGACUGUCAAUAAAGCCGAGUGUGCCUUUGA